AUGAUCAUCUCGGAUUGUGAUGAGACGUUCAACUACUGGGAGCCCCUAAACCUUCUAUUUCGGGGUUUUGGGAAAGAGACUUGGGAAUACUCCCCCGAUUAUGCGAUUCGUUCGUACUUUUACCUUGUUCCGUACUACUUGGCCACUUCUCCCUUGAGAGACUUCGCCAAACUCACGGGCAAGAAACUUCCCCCAUAUUAUUACUUCUACUUUAUAAGGAUUGUCUGUCUUUGUGGCUUCACAUCCUUUACCGAGAUUACGUUGUUCAAGAGUGUGAGGGAAAACAUUUCCACAGAAUCAGCUAGGUGGUUUCUUCUCAUAUCGAGUAUCUCAGCUGGAAUGGCACAUGCCUCAAGUGCUUUGCUACCAUCUUCAUUCGCAAUGAAUUGGGUCACUCUAGGAACGGCAUUCGCACUUUCAACUUUCAAGAACUCUAACUCAAACUCAUCGAGGUCCAAUAUUUAUGCCAUUUGCAGCUUCUUGAUUUCAGGCCUUGUCGGUUGGCCAUUUACCUUAGCCCUUGGCGUUGCAAUUGGGAUGUAUACCUUGUGGAGUAAGCGUCGGAACUUGGCUUUUGUAAUCUUCGCGUGUCUGUCUUUCUUAUUGGCCCUUGUUGCGGCAAUGAUCGUGGUCGACUCGUUCUACUAUAAGAAGGGACUUUCUUUCAUCCCGAUUAAUAUCGUUCUUUAUAACGUUUUCGCAACUGAGGGAGAAGGUCCCGAGAUUUUUGGUGUUGAGCCCUUCUCAUACUAUGUGAGAAACUUGCUACUCAAUUUCAAUUUACUGUUUGUCGCCGCUUACUCUGCGACUUUACACAUGGUAUGCUCCAAAUCCGAACGCCUUAGAAACCUCGUGUGCAUUGUGAUUCCUUUAUGGAUCUGGACCAUUGUAUUUGGCAUGCAACCUCACAAGGAAGAGAGGUUUCUUUAUCCCGUUUAUCCCUUGAUAUCAUUAGCGGCUGGUUGGAUGUAUGAUGCGUCCUUCAACUUCGCUGGAAAGUAUUCGAGAGGCGCCCUUUCUUCAAAGCUUUUUAAGGCUAUUUUCAGCUCACUUAUUGUGCUUGUCCUGGGACUCCGAAUCCUCAACCUUAUAGAGAACUACUCAGCUCCAUUGGCCAUCUCUCGAAGUAUUCAGUCGAUCUCAACCUCGUUUGAUGAACAAAAAAUUGUGAAUUUAUGUAUCGGACGAGAAUGGUAUCAUUUUCCCACGUCAAUGUUCCUCCCCGACAACUUUCGUUUAAGAUUUGUUAAAAGCAGUUUUGAUGGGCUUUUGCCUGGUGACUUUCCAGAGGAAAUUGCGAUUGACUUAUCAACAUCCAAUGUUCCUCAGAACAUGAAUUCAAAAAACUUGUUUGAGGCCGAUAAGCUCAUCGAGUUAGAUAAAUGUGAUCUCAUUAUCGAUAACUCUACGCCUUCCGAUAGAUCCGUGGGUGAUCCGCAGAUAUGGGUUGAGAAGGGUAUAUUGAGCCCUGAUUUCACAAUUAUCGACUGCAGAAGAAUGAUUGACCUUGGGGGUCACAGUACUGGCAUUGGAAGAAUCCUUUACAUUCCGGAGUGGCUUCGUCAUGCUAUUGAUUAUGAAAUAGACUACAUGGACUUUUGUCUUCUCAGGCCAAAAGCAAACCAAUAA